AUGGCCGACGGCGCCCGUCGUCCCAAGGCCCUAGUGCUGGUUGGCGGGUAUGGCACCCGCCUGCGCCCGCUCACCCUCACCGUUCCCAAGCCCAUCAUCGACUUUGCCAACCGGCCCAUGAUUGUGCACCAGAUUGAGGCGCUCAAGGAGGCGGGGUGCGACGAGGUGGUGCUGGCAAUCAACUAUAGGCCGCAGGUCAUGAUGGACUUCCUCAAGGAGUGGGAGGAGAAGCUGGGCAUCAAGAUCACGUGCUCACAGGAGCCCGAGCCGAUGGGCACGGCGGGGCCGCUGGCGCUGGCGCGUGACAUCCUCCACAACGACGAGGGCGUGCCCUUCUUCGUGCUCAAUAGCGAUGUGGUGUGCGGGUACCCCAUGAAGCAAAUGAUGGAGGCGCACCUACGCACCGGGGCGGAGGCCACAAUCCUAGUGACCAAGGUCUCUGACCCCUCCAAGUACGGCGUGGUGGUGAUGGACGAUCAGAACAAGGUGGAGCGGUUUGUGGAGAAGCCGCAGGUGUUUGUGGGCGACAAGAUCAACGCGGGCAUCUACUGCCUGUCGCCCAAGAUCCUGGACCGCAUCGAGCCCCGCCCCACCAGCAUCGAGAAGGAGAUCUUCCCCAAGGUGGCGGCUGACGGGCAGCUGUACGCCGUGGAGCUGGAGGGGUACUGGAUGGAUGUGGGGCAGCCCAAGGACUACCUCACAGGCUUGGCGCUGCACCUGGCCGCGGUGCGGGAAAAGGCGCCCGACACGCUGGCAGAGGGCAGCCACAUCAGCGGCAACGCCAUCAUCGAUUCCACCGCCAAGAUCGGCAAGGACUGCCUCAUCGGCCCAAAUGUGGCCAUCGGCAAGUUCUGCGAGAUUGGCGACGGCGUGCGGCUGUCCAACUGCGUGAUCCUGAACCGCGUGACCAUCAAGAACUUUGCCCGCGUGGCGGACAGCAUCAUCGGCUGGAGCAGCAAGAUCGGCAGCUGGGCGCGGAUUGAGAACAAGGCGGUGAUUGGGGAGGAUGUGUUCAUCAAGGAUGAGGUGUACCUCAACGGUGCCAUUGUACUGCCGCACAAGGACAUCAAGGACUCAAUCCUGGAGCCAGGAACCAUCAUCAUGUGA